AAGGAGUUGAUGGAGAGUGGUUGCAAUGGUGAAGAGGCUGCAAGGAUUGGUAAAAUGCUUGCUAUUUGUUUGGAUAGCUGCGCGGCCGGUUUUACCAUUUGCGUAAUAGGCUACAAACUGAAUUCCUUUCUAAACUAUUGUAGCCGUCAACGAGAAUAUCAGAUCUGGAGAGAAAAGAAGAGGAAUCUAUCUACGGGGAAAGGGGAUUUUCAUCCAUAGGUUCUGUGGCCGCGCUAGGUGCUCUCUUUGUUUGCUUGUGUGGUGGCGUCUUGUCGAUAUCAGUCACUGAGGCGGCGUUGAGGCAUUAAGCUGUCACAGUCGGACUCCCAAUUUUGGUAAU